AUGACAUCAUCUAACCUCGUCCAGCCCAUUUUUGCACUGUGUUGGUUUUCUAUUUACCCUCUAGAACUCUCUUUGGUUAGUUAUUUUGGAAAUGUUUUUAUAAUUCCUUUGCUAAUCUCAGAAUACUUUCUAUAUAUUGCAAUGAAAAACACUGUUUUUUAUUGUCUAAAAAGAUUUUUGAUGAAACCUUUGUAUGAAGAAGAGCGCAAUCUUAUGUGAACAGAAAAAAUACUUAUAUUAGUUACCUUAUCAUUUAAAGAACCUUUCUCCUAUACAUCAAUACUUAUAUGAUAUUCUAUAUCUAUGUAUUUAUAUUAUAUGAAUGUAAUAUCAGAAUUUUGCAAGGCCCUUUUUAUUUGCAAUUUAUUAAAAAAUUUAGGACUUUUUGUUUUCAUUUUCAGCGUUGUCAGUAUCUAUAUAAUUUGGGGUAUAAAAUAUCUGCUUUCUGAAGGAUCUGAAGUAUCAAAUAUAAUUUUUAUCGAGUCCUUUCUAAUUUUUCAGAUGAACUUAACCACGCUUUAUCAAAUCAAAUUUGGAAUUAUUUCAAAUUUCAAAAUUUUGCUAUUGGAGACUUUUAAGGAUUUUAUGAAGAGUCUUGAAUUUAUUAUUUUUGUGCCUGUUGUUGGAUAUCACUGAUUCUGCCCAGUAUGUCAUGUUUAUGGUUGUUAUUUUCUAAUGUGUUUUUUGAUCAAAUUAACAAAGCUUAUCAAGUACAAGAUAUCUGUAUCAGCUUUUGAUUAUGAAUACAAGGCAAUAAUAGAGGAUGAUUUAAAUGAGAACAAGGAUGAUAAAUGCUGCAUAUGUUGGAGUUUGUUUGUAGAGGAAGAAUCAACAAAACUAAAAUGUGGGCAUAUUAUCCACAUUGAGUGCUUAAAAAUGUGGAUGAUAAAAACCUUCGAAAGGAAUUGCCCGAUUUGCACUCAGAAAUUUUUAUAA